UUCUUCAUCCUCUCUUUUCCUCCCCUAUAUAAACCAUUUUCCUCCCUCAAUCUUUCCACUCCAGGGAAAAAAGUUGUGUGCUGAUGCUCCCCCCUCAACCCGUUUUCCAAAAAUUAUGAUCAUGAGCUUUUGCAAGAAAGGUCUCUACUCUUUUCUGGGCCUCACCUACUUCAUUGAUAGUAACACCACCGUGGCCGCCUCCGUCGCCUGCCCCGCCGCGAAAACGUCGCCUCCUGCCUCCACCACCGCCAGCUUGGCGAGAGGAGUCGGUCUCACGACGGCCACCGGGGACAUGCGCCGCCUGCCGAACGUGUUGGAAUCGUCCGCCGUCAAGUCGUCGUCGCCGGCGGCAGCGAAGGAGGGGGACCCAGAUGGGAAUAAUAGUAAUGUGGGGAUGUUCUUGGAUGACAUAGGGGAGGUGGUUGAUGGGUUGAUGUCAUGCACCGAGAGCCUAGGGUUUGAGAGCUCCGACGAGCGGAGGGUCGAUGGCCAGAUGAUGAUGGAGGACAUAGAGAGCAUGAGCAACAAGAACUGUGAUGGUGAGGGGCGUCACGUGGGGAGGACGAGGACGAGGUGGAGGGAAGAGAGUGAGAGGAGGAGAGAGAAGAAGUUCCCACCUCCAUUGUCCUCCUUGAACCACAAGGGCCAACCUAGCUUCUUCCUCAGGCCUGUGAGGAGGGAUGGGAGGUUGGAGCUGACCGAGGUGAGGCUCGAUCGGCCCGAGAUCCUCCGCUCCUCACGGCAGGAUGGGCGACUGCGGUUGGACUUCAUUAGAGACGAGGAGGAGGAGGAGGAGGAGGAGGAGGAGGAGGAGGAACAAGGAGAACAAGAAGAAUUGGAAUAUGAGGAGGAGCAAAUAGUAGAAGAAGAGGAGGAGGACAGCGACCUCUGCGAGGCGCAGGAUUCCGGCGAUUCGAUAGAGUACUGGACAAGCGAAGACGAUGGUCACGACGAGGAGAGAUUUGAGUUUGAAGAAGAGGAAAGGGUGGGCGACUGGAGGUUUCAUCAUCAUCAUCAUCAUCAAGUGAGCAAUGAAGGGUUUGGCAGAUGCCACGGACUGUUGAACCACCAUGAACACCACCACCACCACCAUCCCCUCCAUCACCACAAUAACUUACAUGUGUGGAGGCAACCUUGUGUGACCACAAGGUGAAGUUAAGCACAUGUUUCACAAGCGGUUGUGUGAAAAGGACUUGGUAUGGAAAGAAGGUGGCUGUUUAUUUUUGCGUCGAGGGUUAAUGUGUUUACCUUUUUCUUUUUCCUUUUCGUCAUUGGGGUUGUGCAUAAUAUCUGCUGAAAUUUUUUAGAGAGAGAGAGAGAGAGAGAGAGAGAGAGUGAAAAUAUCAGUUAUGUUUUUACCAAAUUUAGAAAUGCUUCAGCUACUAGAGCUCAGCAACCCACAUCAUCAUCUUUCCAAAUACAAAAAGUCUACUGUUCGAUUAGAAU